AUGCCUCGUUACAACCCACUUGCCUCAAACUCGGUGCCUCAGAAACCAUGGAUAUGCUUUGGCUUGCUGCUUCUUGCGAGCUUCGCGGGGAUUUCCUUCGAAGUGAACGAUGAGACCGAGAAGGACGCAUGGACACGACUUGGCAUUUUGUACAAGUCGCUGGGAAUUGCGAUGCUUCCUUGUCUUCUGGCCGGAGCAAUGAUGGAACUUUGGACAAAUCUGAAGUUCGUCAACAAUGGCCUAUCGUGCAUCCGGAAGGUUCCAUUCUCCCUGCUCUCGGCGUCCAUCUGCUAUGCCAUCUCCUUCCUCUUCCCACAAGCUGAAAGUCCUCUUCUGCACUAUUGGUUGGUGAACUUCUCCUACGCAUUCGUUUACGGAGAGUUAUUCCAAAGUGAUGUGCAUACGGAGCACGAAACAAAGCGUUAUCUCGAUGCGAUGAGGAACGUGGUUAUUGAUGACGAAGCAGAUCUGGAGCAGCAAGACGAAGGAGACCAGGAAGAGAGCACCCAGGGGAUGAGAGGAGUCAGCUAUCACGCGUCGACCGACACACUCCUGCUCGUUGCCUGA